GCUGCAGGUUGUCCGGUAGGGUGCCUGUCGAGCUACACAACACGCUGUUGAUGUCAGGAGAGGAGAAGGGGGGGGGGACAUGUGAGGAAUGGCUGAAAACUGACGGUGCUCUCCUGCAAGGAAACAAACCAGGACGCAAAAUAUCGUAUUGUGCGUUUCAAGCUUGUGUAGGGUCAGGCUUUUAGCAACGCAUUACCAUGUAUUGCGCAUAGUUAUUAUGUUUGCUAUUUAAUGGGACAGCGAAAACGCAAAAGAAACGCAAGGUAGGCUGCCGCUUCUGUCGCCAACGGAGCUACUUUAUGGACUAAUACGACAUAAACAGGGCUGGGAAAUGUUUCACAGUAAGGUAACGUGCUCGUCCUCGAUGACUGUGUGAGGCUUUUAAGCUAGCUAUGCGCUCAUGUUCACGUUUUUGGUCGGACUUGUGAGUAUGCGUUUGUUCUGGGGACGUUAAGAUUGGUUUUUAAAAAGCAACGGCUGGGCUUCAUCCCUUCUUCAUGCCUCAACCGACCCGACCACAUGAGAAGUCGACGUCCGGGGUAGAAUAAACCGCAAACAAAGGCCCCCUUCUUCUUCACCGCCACCACCUGAACCGACUGGGAAAGGGGAAAAACAAAAACAUGCGUGUGGAUUUGUUUUGGAUAUGUUUGUGGUGCUUCAUUCGUCCAAGCGCCUCCGGUCAAGGGCAGUCGACGGCCGUAUGUUCGCCCUCAUGCAGCUGCGAUGAAGAUGGGGGAGCAGACUGCUCGGGGAGAGGACUGACCACCGUCCCAACUGGGCUCAGCGCUUUCACCUACUACCUUGACCUGAGUAUGAACAACAUCACUGAACUUCCAGCAAAUGUAUUCAAAAAGUUCCCCUACCUAGAAGAACUACGACUUGCUGGGAAUGACCUGACAUUCAUCCACCCUGACGCCCUGUCUGGUCUGCAUCAGCUCAAAGUCCUGAUGCUGCAAAAUAAUCAACUUAAAUCUGUCCCCAAUGCAGCAUUGAAAAACCUUCACUCGCUCCAGUCUCUCCGCCUGGAUGCCAACCACAUUACAGCCGUUCCUGACGACAGCUUCGAAGGACUCCAACAGUUGCGCCACCUGUGGCUGGAUGACAAUCACCUGACAGAAGUCCCCGUCAGUUCCUUGAGACACCAGUCAAAUCUUCAAGCUCUGACUCUGGCCCUCAACCGGAUCUUGUAUAUACCAGACAACGCCUUCGGAAACCUCACUAGUCUAGUUGUGCUGCAUCUUCAUAACAACCGAAUUACAGAGAUAGGAGCCAACUGUUUCGUUGGACUGGUGAACCUGGAGACGCUAGAUCUUAAUUUUAACAACUUGAAGGAGUUUCCUAAAGCAAUAGAGGUCUUGCCCAAACUGAAAGAACUUGGGUUUCACAGCAAUGAUAUUGCUGCCAUUCCAGAAAGGGCCUUUCAUAACAACCCCAUGCUGCGAACCAUACACUUUUAUGACAACCCUCUGUCAUUUGUGGGAGCUUCAGCUUUCCAAAAUCUCUCAGACCUGCGCUCUCUAAUGUUGCGUGGUGCCAGCUUGAUGAAGGAAUUCCCCAUCCUCACAUGGACUAACAAUCUGGAUAGUCUUACCCUCUCAGGUACCAAGAUAUCAUCCAUACCUGCUGAUCUGUGUGAAGAUCUCAAAUUCCUUCAGACACUUGACCUGUCCUACAAUGAGGUGACGCAGUUACCGUCCUUCCAGGGCUGCAGCCGACUGCAGGAGAUAAGCUUCCAGCACAAUCACAUUCAACAAAUCGACAGAGAUACUUUUCAGGAUCUCUCAGCGCUCCGUUUGCUAGACCUGAGUAGAAACGAAAUUCGAGUUAUCCACAAAGAUGCUUUCCUCAGUCUCACUGGACUCACCAACUUAGAUCUGAGUAUGAACUCCCUGUCUGUGAUUCCGACAACUGGACUGAGCGCCGUCAUUCAGCUGAAACUUUCAGGAAACCCACAGAUGAAAAAUGUUCUUGCUGCAAAAAACCUGCCAAAACUCAGGUCCAUCUCUGUCCCUUAUGCCUACCAAUGCUGCGCGUUUGUUGGAUGCGACUCAGUGCCGAGGUCUUCUGAGCAAACGGACAUGAAGAAGUUGACAGGUAUAGAAGAUGCUGAGCAGGUCUCAAUGAUAAUGCAUUGUUCACCUUCACCAGGAGCCUUCAAGCCUUGUGAGCACCUCUUAGGGAACUGGAUGAUUCGUCUGACAGUGUGGUUCAUCUGCCUGGUGUCGCUGGUCUUCAACAGCCUAGUGCUGGUGACCACCUUCUCGCCCGCUCACCAAGCUGCUGGUUAUUCCCACUACCUGACACCGUCUUUGUCACCAGCCAGGCUGCUAAUGGGUUUGCUGGCCCUGGCCAACCUGCUCACUGGCCUGUAUGUCGGCAUUCUGACCGUGCUCGAUGCGGCAACAUGGGGAUCCUUCGCUGAGUUCGGCGCAUGGUGGGAGAUGGGUCCCGGCUGUCAGAUCACCGGAGCUCUUGCUGUGUUCUCUUCGGAGUGGUCGGUGCUGCUGCUGGCGCUGGCAGCUGUGGAGCGCAGCAUGGCGGUCCGGAUGAUCCUAGGAAAAGUGCUGAGGAACGGUAGCAGCCAUCGCAGGUGUUUUAGAGGUUACCAAUGUUUUUGCCUGGCUGCGGGGCUGCUGGGGUUGCUGGCGGCGGCCGGAGCUUGUCUGCCUCUUCUGACCGUCAGUAACCAGUCGUCUUCUCCUUUCUGCCUGCCGUUCGCUGGUGGGGAGAGUCCGGCUCUCAGUGUCACUGUCACUCUGGUCCUGCUCAACGCCCUGGCUUACCUCUUCACGGCUGCAGUUUACACCCAGCUCUACUGCCAGCUCGGCAGGGUGGAGCUGGCGGACCCAGAACAGACUGGGGCCCUCCGCCAUGUCGCCUGGCUCAUCUUCACCAACUGCAUCUUCUUCUGUCCCGUCGCAGCUUUUUCCUUCGCCCCUCUCCUGACCGGCUCUACAGCUGGUGGCCCGGAAAUUGCCAAGUCUGUCACCCUCAUUUUCUUCCCUCUCCCCUCAUGCCUGAACCCGGUGUUGUACGUGUUUUUCAGCCCAGCCUUCAGAGAGGACUGGUUAAGGCUGCGCGGUCACAUGGGUUUGACACAAGAGGUGAAGGCCGGCACUGAAAGCGGCUGCGACGAUGGCGGUCGAGGCUCUGAGCUCACAGAUGAGGGAUCCUUCUCCCACCUGGGCUUUGACUGUGGUGUGUACUCUCAGCUUUGUGGAGAGACUGUGUGCGAACAGUGCGAGGCAGUCCUGCGUGCCCGGACCUGCUCUUCCCCCUCAGCCUCCUCGGUCUGCAGACAUUUAGUGAAGUCUCACAGCUGUCCCACCCUUCUGGCUGGGGCCGCGAUAUGCCCGCGCUCCGAGGGGUUCUGGGCAGACAGCGGCACGCCCUCCGCUCAGUCCGAGUACGCUGACGAGGGGGACUCUUUUGUUUCAGACAGUUCAGACCAGGUUCAAGCCUGCGGCAGAGCCUGCUUCUGCCAAAGCAGAGGACUUCCUCUUGUACACUACUCAUACAACUUACCUCGAGUCAAAGACUAAGGAUGCCUCAGUGCUCCAGUGCGUCAGUGUGCACAGAUAUGUCUGUCAUGUGAAUUUAGAUUCUUCAAGAUUAUGUAAUUUUUAUAUAUAAAUAUGUCUGUCAGAUACAUAUAUAUGUCGGAACAGAAAAUGUGCCAACUACCUUUGCAACUCAUCAAGCACUUAUGUUUGUAAUUACUGUUAGCAAAGAUGCAACCAGUCAUUGAAAGGGAAUUUCCAGCUGAAAGAUCAUUUCUAGAUGAAAUAAAGUGAGUACUUCAUGUUACAAACUGCUCAACUAAAGAAAAUCUGCACCACCGGUGCCUGCCUGCCUCUUGUGAUCAACUGACAUGAUGAUGAUGAUGAUGAUGAUGAUGAUGAUGAUGAUGAUGAUGAUGAUGAUGAUGAUGAUGAUGAUGAUGAUGAUGAUGAUGAUGAUGAUGAUGAUGAUGAUAACGACGCAAGCUAAAGGGGGUCAAAGAUGUAAUGAUUUUUUUUGUGUGUGUGUGUGUGUUCUGUACUGAUAAGCUUUGUUAAUGUAUCAUGCAUCAAAUUUUAACAUGUUUCCACAACAAGUUUAUUUUUUUAAUUUGAUGAUUUUAUAUAUAAAUGUAGCAAAUGUAAUAAUCAUUGUUAGAUUUUUUUUUUUUGGGUUUUCUCGUGUGUGUGCAUGUGUGAAUGUUUAAGGUGAUCCGGGGUUCCGACACAUUUUCCAGGUCGAGAUGAGAUUGGAAAAACAAAAUAAGAAAAGUAAUUAUAUUUUCAGACUUCUUUCCCAUUUUCUAAAAAUUGUGUUUUUUCUUAUAUCCUUCCCUCUUUGUCUCCAUCUUUUCUUGGUUGUGUCAUUUCCUUCCCGAGAGACGCAUGUCCUUCAGUCUUUACUUUUUGUUCCCUAUCUAUACUCAUUUUCUUUUUUUCUUCCUCUUAUUGUCUUAUACCCCCUUCUUUUCUUCCUUAAUUGUCACCUUAUGACCGUCUCCUUUCCUCCUUUGUCUCUUUUUUUCCCUACAUUUCCCUUUUUUCUGUGAACUUCAAUAUUACAUAUAAAGGAAACCUAGAAAGUUGAGUCAUGAAACUCUUAAACGAUCAGUGUGUUGGAUCCCUGGUGACGUUCACCUUGUGAGGGUUGAAUGAUUUAGCAUCGAUAACUACUAGCCAAUGAGCACGUGAUUGUCACACACCGGCACAGGAAUGGUGGAGGUCGGUCUGUAAGAAAAAAAAAAACAAAAAAAAGUCUUUUGCUUUAACCUUGUCAUACUAAGAAUGUGAUAAAAGUAGCAGAUAUCACUGUUUGAACAACUGUGUGCGGUCGCUUUGACACGUGUUAUUUAUUGUUUAAGCAGACAGUCGUGUUUGAGUGGCCUCUGAAUGAUAAGUCUUUAUAAUCCAAGCAUUCACCAAAACAGCGCCUCUCUUUUAUUCCUUUCAUUAGGUCAAAUUAGGAAAAUCUCACCUUCUUUAAAACUUUGAACAUUUUCCCCUGGGUUUGUCAUUCUGUUUUUUUUAAGUAUUCCCAGACUAUGUAAUGAAAUGGUGUUGCUUUGACUAUAUUCUGUCUAUUUUGAGCCUCGUUAAAUUAUCCUUGCCAGCUAUGGUACAAUUCAGUUUAAUUAAGUCUCCAUCCAAGUUAAACUCACGAAUGAGUUUAACCUUCUGUGCUGGUUAACGACUGGCAACCAGCUGAGUCAGCAAGAAGGCAUGGGAAACUGCUCCAGUUUAAAACAGAAUGGACCUGCAUAUAUCCACAUUUUUUGUGGCUUGAAAUCUAUACAUUAUGGUAAGAAAUGGUAAAAUAUGGUAUGAGAUAACAUAUUUAUUCUAUCAAGUUCCAUUAUCUGUGAUUUCUUACUGUAUCCUUAAUUAGUUGUUUUUAACGUAUGUGACAAAAAGAGCAUUAUUGUACUACAAAGUGAAUAAAUGUAGAUGUCUUUUCACCCUGACCUGGUUGAGACUGGGCGUGACAGUCUGACGGAUGUUUAGUGUGCUCAAGCAUGACUGCACGCAUUGAGGUGGUUACACCCUCGGAGCAUGUAUCCACAAGCGCACGCCAUGUGAGUGCUCAGGAAUUCAGGCGAUGUAGGGAACUGCUGUCCUCCAGCACCGAGACGUUCUCACGUCUUCUUUAGGCUCCAGUCUGUGUUGAAUUUGAUUAUUAUAGACGCAUCUUACAUCAACAAGACGCAUCGAUUCUUGCAUCAACCAAAAUGUCUGGUUUGGUUUUGCCAUCUGAUCUCCUGUCUACUGAAAAUGUACGAAUCUUUCAGUGGUUUAUUUUUUUAUAUAUAUAUUUUUAAUGUAAAUUAUUUGAAAUGGAAACUCAAGAAUGGGAUGCUUGCUAAGGAAGCUACCUCCUCGGUUGUUGAGGCCGCCAGCAGUGCUUUGUAAAAGAGAGUCUGUUUUUAUUUUUCACUGUUUGCAUCCUCAGCUUUAUGAUGUUAACCUUGGCUGUACAUCAUUUUAGUAAUGUACAAGUUGUGGGAGGAAUCUAUGUACUGUAUACUGUGAUUUUGUUUUGUCUGUUUCUUAACCAAAUCCUAAAUAUGACUCUUUUUUUUGUUUUCUCAUAGAUACAAAAUUACAGAAUACAUAUUAGCUGAAAUAUUUUACAUUAUUUCUGUUCAGUUUGAGUCUUCCUUGUAGUUUUGUGUCAAAUCUCCCUGUUUUUUUUUCUUUUCAAAUAGGUAAAUGAAUACUUUAAAUUGUGAAUGAAUAAAAUUGAAAAAAAAACAAAACA